ACCGAUCUUGUUUCGCCAUAUUUGAUUUACUCACCGAAUUGUCUGAAGUGGGCUACCCUGGAUUUGAGGCAUCUGGUAAUAGUGGUUCUCCAAAAUUUUCCCAUGGAAUUUGUCAUCGAGUCCGAUUGCUUAAUUCUCAUUCACAAGCCUAUCCUCUCAACGAUCUUCGUUUACUCGUUUUCCUAUCUCUUACUCCCAUAAAUGAAUCUAUCAAUGGGGUUCCAAAUCUAUGGAUUUGGCUACGCUUUGAUCUUACUCGGGCCCUUGCUCGCGAUCGGGAAUGCCUUGAGAUAAUAACUGUCCAAGUAGUCAGUGAUCUUGAUUCAAUUGUUGGUGCAAGCCCCCAUCCUUUGCCUUCGAUUGUUAGCACUCUAAUAGAUAGUGAAGAAGAAGGAACUAAUGAAGAAGCCGAGGAAUACCAAAUCUGUAAUCCCCAACGCUUGGGCAAUUUUUCUAAUAGCGAUGUGAAUUUACUUGAUUUCUUACCAAUGAAACUGACGAGUGUCGAUUUGUGCUUGAAGCUUCAAAGUGAUCAUGAUAUAGCCUUGGAUGGUGAUGACGUCGACGUAAGCAGUGAAGUCAUGGAUUAUCCUCAUUCUGUCUCAAAUUCUCAUCUGCCUUCAGAUCAUAGACAUCUUUCUAAGCCAACUUUUCUAACAGGUAUCUGGUGGUUGGGUUGUCAGUCGAGGUCUCAAUUUGCCGGUGACCUUCAAAAUCACUUUUGCCUCCGUUGGACCAGCUUUCCUUCUCACAUGAAAGGUGAUUCCUUUGAAGCAUUGGCGCUCCCUCCCGGGUUUGGCAUUUGUGAAGAAGUUUCGUCCUGGCAACGACACCCUCCUUCAGCCCUGCUGGAUAGUCGUGGUCCAAAUAUGGAAGAUUAUUGCCUCAACUUGACUCCAUUUGAUUCUAAUUCUGUGGAAAUUGCGGCAUCCUUUGAACAGCAUACUUUCGCUCUCCUUGAUUUCGUUUUUAGGCCAGGUCGCUUCUCCCGAAUAGCUAUCUAUAAUGCUUUUAAGAUCCUGCGUCGUACAUAUCGCCUAUCUCCUGACGUUUUUGCCUUAGGAUACAAUGUUAAUGAACUUCGCGCAGAAAUUUCCCGAACAAUGGAGACAGAGAUCCGACCUCGCAUCAACGCUUCAGAAGUGAAUUCUAUGCUUUCUAGCUUCUAUUCUUCGAUUCUCGAUUUUCACGCCGAGGCAAUUCAGCCUCUUGGUCUAUUUGCCAUCUCCUCUUUUUUUAUGUCGGCCGCCAAUCCGGGUUUAUCUGGCCCGGUCUCGUGCCUCUCAAACUUUCCCUCACAUUGUAUUACUUCCUUGGACGAAGGAACAUUGCCACUAUCUUGUCCAUCCUCAAUCUCGAUUUCCUCUAUGGUCCCUAUGACAGCUGGCAUUAUUGUGGUCCGUCGAUAUGGAUUCUCUGUCCUCCGCCCACUUCUGCCAUUUGAACAGGCGAUUUGUUCACCAGAAUCUUUUCCCUUACACCAUUUUAACCAAGGUUGGUGUUUUUAG